GGGGGAGGAAGAGGGGAGGAGGGAGUAAAGGGAAGAUCCUGUCUUCCUUCAGACGGAGUUAAAAUAGUUUUCAGAUACUUUUUUACCAACUUUUCUUCAAUGUUUGUGUAAAAGCUCCGAGGCUGCACACAGCGGAGCGGCCGCAGGGAGCCGCGGGCCGACGGACGGCGGCAUGUCGGACGGAUCCGGAGCCGUCUGGAUGUGACUGGAGGAUGGAGGGAGAGAAAGAGACGGCCGAGGAGAAGGAGGAAGAGGAGGACAAAAAGCUUCAUCACAUCGCAGCGGCGUCCUCUGUGGACUACCCGGACCUUCCCAUCAUGCACUGGGAGGACCUGAGCCAGCGGAUAGCUGAGCUGGAGAAGCAGGAGAAGGAGAGGAGGGAAAGGUCAAAGAGGGGGACGGGGGUGAGGAUGGACGAGAGUCAGGGGGGAGUGUGGAGGGACGUCUGGGAGGAAGAGGAGGAAGACUUCAGGAGGUGUCGAGUAACGCAGAGAUUUCACAACCACAGAAACCUGCAGCUGUGCUUCAUCAACAACAGUGACAGUGAAGACGAGGAGGAAGGAAGCAGCAAAAAGGUUGCUAUGGGAACGGGUGGCAACGGUUGCCACGGGCUGAAACAGGAAGUAGCGACGGCUCUGCGGACGCUGAGAGACAAACUGCUGGCUGAACAGAAAGAGAAGGAGCAUCUGGACAGGAGCAGUGUUGUAAAGCGGAAACAUCUGGAGCGUUGGGAGCUGAAGGAGUGUUCAAUGCAACAGCUCAACAGCUGGAGAGCUUCACUUCAACAGGACGUCCACGCUCUGAGCUCCGAGCUGGUGGCUCACCUGUUGGUCCGAGACCAGCUGAGGACGAAGCAGGACGCCAUGCUGCUGGACGUCCAGGACCUGACCUAACGCCGUCCACGUCAGCCCGGGACUCGUUUACUUCAACGUUAGCGGAGCUGCUAGUCAGCAGCAUUCAGUACAGCAGAGAAGAGACCUGAAGGGUUCAGACUAUCUAGAUUUAACCUGCGUUGAACUUUACGUCCUGCAGCAGAAGAAGACUGCAGGUGUAAGUCUAUACAUUUAUAUGCAAACGAGGGACUCUAACUUAUCUUAUUUAAGGUUUUACUGUUACUUAUUUGUCAUUAUAACAAGGGAACAUUACACUCAUACAGCAUGUGCAGCAAGACAAGCUCAACUUAAAGGCUCCAUAUGUGAUUCUGAAGCAUUUUAUUUUCACGUAUUAACCACAUUUUAUCAGGUUGUAACGUAGAAACAGAACUUCCUCUGCUGUCUGUGGACUGAUCUCUAUGUGUCUCUAUGUAGGAUGAGGGUCAAAGGUUGUGACCUUUAUGCUCCCGAGUGCCAACAGUGGGCAACACUAGCUAACGUUAGCUUGCUUGCUAACACGGGUCUGGCGUUGGGUGAUGUGUAAACAGCGAGCUAGUUAUUAGCAUGGAGCUAACGGUCCAAAUAAACUAUAGGAACAUUGCAGAUAGUGACGUUAUUAAAUAUGAUUGUCAGUUAUUUUACAGCGUUCAGUGUUUGACGCUGUUGGCCGACGCCCAGGAUGAUGCAACAGGACGCUGACUGCAGUUCACUGAACGGCCACUGGUGGCGCUGUUAGCUACAGUUUAAUAAACGUUACAUAGAGAAGCUUUAACUGAUUCUGGUUGUUAUAUCUUAAUAAUAUUUGUUUGUAAAACAAAAGGGGAAUUUCACCAAACGUUACAGCAAAUAAAAUAUUAGCAGUUUUGAUAGAUAACGUCACUCAGACUCUGUAAGUUAGAACAAUAAUAGUGGAUAUAGGGUAUAGCCUAUAUCGCCGUCCAUUUGUUUCAAAGGUAAUUACGGUCGGUGAGUUGCCUUUUUAAAAUUAUUUGUACAAUUUACACUAUCAGAUGAAUUUUUAAUGUUACCUAAAUGCAUAAAAAAAAGUAUUUUAACGUUGGUGGCGUCUUUAACACUUCAGGUACAGUCAGUGAUUGUUUACUCCUAAACAGACAAGCAAGGGAAUAAUACCCGUAAUACAGCCACGUAUGUUUGUGAUGACGCACACGAAAUAUCGCUGCCUUGUUGUGAUGUUUUCUUCCUUUAUGUUUGUGUCGCCCCUUAAACAUCACGCUGUUCUUCUAAAGUCCUCAACACUUUAAAGGGAGUUUUAUUCUGAAUGCAGUAACUUUGGUUGAUGAGGAUGUUCAGAUGAUUUGAAUCAGUAGCAAAGGAAUGAUAUUAUUUCCACAUUCUCACACUGAUGUGUGGAUAUCGAAAGGCAAUGUACUGUAAAGGGAAUGUGUUAUCUUUUUAUUCACAUAUACUUAUUUAAAGUCACACUGAAAUGUCGUUACAGUAACUUCAUGUGAUGUGUUUCCUCUUGGAAGAACUGAGCGAACACAGGGAACAGAUUGUGUUUCAUUUCAUUGUGACUUUAAGGGUAUUUAGAGAUGUAUUUUAAAAUGUAAAUAAAAUUAAUUACAAAUGUAUUUGUAAAUGUAAACAUUAAUUCUAAAAUAUAUUUUCAUGGUCUGACUACAAUGGUUGUAUUUUGGCUUCAUUGCUUCCGUGUUUUACAUUUAUAAAUCAGAAACACAUUCAACAAAUGUAAAUAAUAUAAAUAUUGCUUUUUAUACUCAAGAAUGUAAAAGUAUCUGUGUCUUGUUUUCAGCUUUAUGAUUUUCCAGAUAACAUUUAAAUCGUUUGACUUAAGAAGUAGAGAGAAUACAGUUUCUAGCUUUAAUUUUACACAAAAUCUUGUUUUCUUUGUCUGUUAAAUGUCUAAUUAAAGAUAUUUACAGUGUAAAACAAUGAUCAAUAAAUCCAGGUGAACUCUGCUAUAAUACAAUAAUCAGACUUACAUUUACAGCAGAGUGCUGUUAUUAUUGGAUUGUUAUUAUUUUAAUGUGAAUGUUAAAAGUUAUAGAAGUGUAAUAAAAGUCAUUAUCUGUGA